AUGCCCGAACCACGAGGCAUGCGCGCCGCCAGCAGGCGCAAAACACCAACUCCGCAACCGGAAAAGCCACCGGCACGCGCAUCGCGCCGCCUGCGCAGCCAGAGCCGCGAGAUUGAGACGUUUCCCGACAUGCAGAAGCCCGCCCGCCGCAAUGCACGCCAAGGAAGCGUCACCAGUGUCGCCAGUGACGGCGAACAUGACCCUGUGAAGACGCGCAAAUCCCGGCGCAAGCCUGCCAAGGAGGCUGCAAUCGACCUCACCAUCGUGGAGGAGGUCGACGCCGAGAUUGCUUUCGACGCAGCCCCCGCAACGCCCCAGCGCAUCGACCUGCCUCUCCCUCUGGAGCAGCAGGCCUUUCGCUCGCCGGGCGCCGCCUCUGAGAUGUCUGGGACCACUGCCAUUUCGUCCUUCUCCAUGAUCGAGGCCGAGUUCCUGGAGCCAAAGUACAUGCUAAAGCAUAUGCGCAAGUUGUGCGACGCCGCGGACGAGUUCCUGCAGCAUCUCACCCCAGCGGACGGACAUAUCAGCGACGACCAUCACAACAUCCAGGAAAUGCUCAAGCCCGGGUCUGACUUCGCCGAGGAAUACCACGACUUUGACGAAGAGCUGAAGGUGCAUCUCAAGCACUUCAAGGGCGAGGAGAACAACUACAUCAACGUCCGAGCUGUUCACCGCGCUCUGUUUGGCUCCUACACCGACACAGGAGCCAUACAGUCUGGAAUCAGCCUCGUUCUCUACUCGGCCAAUAUCAUUGUACUCGCCAAGCAGAUGAUCGACUCUAGCAGAAGCGAUAAGAGGGUCUGGGACCGUCUACGACAGCUUGACAGCCUAUUCCCCAGCCAGUUCAUGCGCUCGUUGGGCGCAAAAGGCUCAGCGGCUGCAGGGGACAGUGCGCUACUCAGCGAGACCUUCGAUUUCGCGCUCGAGAUACGGACCCAGCUCGCGAUCCUCUCGCUGCAACGCUCUGCCAGUGAAAGUGAUUUUGAUCCCGAAGAGGCUCUCAGCGGCAUCUUCCUCAACUCCGACGCAGCACAGGAAAACGGCGGCUUGAUCCGGGGCUGGACGGUGGCAGCCCUUGGUGGGGAAGAGACGGGUCUAUCACAAGAACUCCAGCAGAAGGUCGCAGAACGGUACAACGAAUUGAGGAGGUUUCUUCCAACCGACGUCCAGUCUCUAGAGAACGGCGACGUGGUCGACCUUGAAGGACUGAGCAGUGCAUUCGAGUGGGAAGCAAUCGUGCUGCAGCUGCUGCACUGGGUGCGUCUCCGGCGGCACGAACUGAGCGCUUCAAUCGACGCUCUCGGCGGCUCCGCAGCAAUCCUAGCCAACGUGAAGCAGGCGAUAGCAGCGCCUCAGCCCGCACCCGAAGAAGCCACCGCCCCCGCCCCGAGAGAUUCCCCACGCAAGAAGAGACUAUCGUUUGGCCGAAAUCGCAGACGCAGCAGCCGCAAGUUUGACCCCAAUGCACCGAUCGACAUGCGUACUAUCAACGCACUGAAAGCGAGAGAGAGAGACUCUGGAGUGCAUUUCGACCCAAAAGACCCGCAGCCGGGAGAUCUCUUUGAGGAGGUGGCCGAGGAGGACGUAAAUGGACGUGUUGAACCCGCGCCAGAGGACGUUGAAGCUGCGCUGGAGGAUGUUGUAUCCGCGCCAGGUGACGCGGAAGCCGAGCGGGCGUUGAAUGAGCAGAUUGAGCAAAUCGAAAAAGACACCUGGAACGAGCAACCGCAGGGCGACGCGACACUCGUAGCAGGAGACGACGAAUUGGUAGAGGUCGAUGCCAGCGCUCCCACAGGCCCACCCAAGAGCACACAAGAACACCUCGCCGCCCUCAAGGCCAUCCAACCCACAGGCAAAGAAAACCGCAAAGGCACCAGAUUCGUCGACCGCCAGCCCAACGCUGUCCGCGUCGACUUCGGCGAGGGCUUUGACAACAGCCAGGCCACGCCAGGACCCUCAAGCAAAGCCCUCGACAAGGGCAAGCAGCGCGCCGACCCCCCACCCUCUGCAGCCCGCAAACGCGCCCGCGAAGAAACCGACUCCGACGACAAUGCCUACGAGUCGACCGACCGCGGCGCCCGCGUCCACGCUCGCCGCCAGAAAGCCCCCGUGUCGAAACGCGCACGCCUCGAGCUUGCUGCUGCACCCUCCGCAGCACAAUCCACGGCACCGGCCGCAGCACCCCCCUCCUCCGCCGCAGCCCCGCCCUCCCACCAACCCCCCGCGCCCUCCCAACCCGCCGAAACCCUCCGCCUCCCCCCACGCCUACGCGCCCCCCCCGCCCCCUCCGACGAACACGAAAGCUCCGAGCCCUCGGCCCCCGAGAUGAGCGAACCCACCGACCCCCCACCCACCGCCGUUCCCCCGCGCUCAACAUUCACCUCCCAACACGCGCUGUCGCUGCAAACCCCGCUUGUGCCUGCGCGCGGCCGCCAGCCACGCCGUACCUGGACAUCCGCGCAGGAAGACGCGCUGAUUGCGUACGCCGAGCAGGUCGGGCUGUCGUACGCGCGCAUUGAGAAGCUGGAUCAGAGCGAGGAGGGGUAUGGCGUGCUGGGCGAGUUCAGCCAGGUCAAUUUGAAGGAUAAGGCGAGGAGUAUGGCUGUGGUUAUGAUUCGGUCUGGGACAGGACUGCUGCCCGGGUUUGAGAAUGUGGUGAGUGCGGAGUCGAAGGAGGGGAGGCGGUUGCUGGAGGCUGGGUUUACGUGGUGAGUGAGCGGUGGAGCGAGGUGAAGCUCGUUGAAACGACUUGGAGCGAGUACGCCAUUGAACUCGCGCGGGACGCACAUCUACCUAUCGAUACCUCUCCAAUCCCACACUGCGUCUCCUCCUCCCUCCACUCUCCACGCUACUCCUCCCGCCACCUAACCCCCCACUCGCCCUUGGCAAAACUCGCCUCCACAACCGCCCCCUUCAUGACCGCCUCGCACUUCCUCUUCUCCUCCCCCUCGCCCACACGGAACCCAAACGCACACCCCCUUCGCGCCGCGCGCCGCACCAUCUCCCUUUCCUCCGCGCGCCGCUGGCCCUCGCGCCGCCGCGCCCGCGCCUCGUCCGUCUCCA